UGAAAGAUUAAAAACCCCAGGUGGAGAGGGCGGCGGCGUUGCAUGUGAGGCGGAAGCUGUGGGGGCCACUGAUCGGCGCGCGGCCCGGCACCAUGAACUUCCCGGGCCGCGGGUCCCCGCGGAGCCCCGAGCGUAACAGCCGGGGCGGCGGCGCCUGGGAGCUGGGCGCAGACGCGGGGCCGGCGUUCGGCGGCGUCUGCUGCCUGGAGCACCUGCCCGGCGGGGACCCGGGCGACGGCGGCGUGUCCCUAGCGCUGCUGCGCGGGGAGCCGGGGGUGCACUUGGCGCCGGGCGCCGCCGACCUCCCACACCUGGCGCUGGACCCCUCGCUCAGCGACGAGAACUACUUCAGCUCGGCCGAGUCGGGCUCGUCGCUGCGCUACUACGGGGAGGCCGAGGGCGGCGGCGGCAGCUCCUCGUCGCUGCUGCCGCCGCCGUCGCCCGCGCUGCUGCCCACGAUCUCGGGGAACGGCGGCGCGGCGGACGCGGGUCCCGGGGAGAGGAAGCGCGCCCGGCCCGGAGGCCCGGCCGCCCGGCACCGCUACGAGGUGGUGGCGGAGCUGGGCCCCGAGGAGGUGCGCUGGUUCUACCGGGAGGACAAGAAGACCUGGAAGCCCUUCAUCGGCUACGACUCGCUGCGCAUCGAGCUCGCCUUCCGGACGCUGCUGCAGGCCCCCGGCGAGCGUGCGUGCGGCCCGGCCGCCCCUGAGCGCUCGGCCUCGGGCUCCGGGCAGGAGGAGGACGAAGAUGGGAACGGCGCCUGCGGCUUCUGUCCGCGCGCGGUGGGGCGCGAGGCCGAGCCCGAGACUGAGGGGCUGCUGCACAUCGAGCCAGUGUGCGUGCGUGGCGGCCUCUACGAGGUGAAUGUGACCCAGGGGGAGUGUUACCCGGUGUACUGGAACCCUUCCUACAUAGAGGCUGAUAAAAUACCAGUAAUGCGUGGACAGUGGUUUAUUGAUGGCACUUGGCAGCCUCUGGAAGAAGAAGAAAGUAAUUUAAUUGAGCAAGAACAUCUCAGUCGUUUUAAGGGUCGACAGAUGCAGGAAAAUUUUGAUACUGAAAUGUCAAAAUCCAUAGAUGGAAAAGAUGGCAGUGGGAUCAACUAUUCUGCUAUUCAUAGUUUCAAAUUGAGUCGAAACCACGUGGACUGGCACAGUGUGAAUGAGGUGUAUCUUUAUAGCGAUGCAACAACAUCUAAAAUUGCAAGAACAGUUACCCAAAAAUUGGGAUUUUCUAAAGCAUCAAGUAGCGGGACCAGACUUCAUAGAGGUUACGUAGAAGAAGCCACGUUAGAAGACAAGCCAUCACAGACUACCCAUAUUGUGUUUGUUGUGCAUGGCAUUGGGCAGAAAAUGGACCAAGGAAGAAUUAUCAAAAAUACAGCCAUGAUGAGAGAGGCUGCAAGAAAAAUAGAAGAAAGGCAUUUUUCCAACCAUGCAACACAUGUUGAAUUUCUUCCUGUUGAGUGGAGGUCAAAACUUACUCUUGAUGGAGACACUGUUGAUUCCAUUACUCCUGACAAAGUCCGAGGUUUAAGGGACAUGCUGAACAGCAGUGCGAUGGACAUAAUGUAUUAUACUAGCCCACUUUAUAGAGAUGAACUAGUUAAAGGCCUUCAGCAAGAGCUGAAUCGAUUAUAUUCCCUUUUCUGUUCUCGGAAUCCAGACUUCGAAGAAAAAGGGGGUAAAGUCUCAAUAGUGUCCCAUUCCUUGGGAUGUGUAAUCACUUAUGACAUAAUGACUGGCUGGAACCCAGUGCGACUGUAUGAGCAUCUGCUGCAGAAGGAAGAAGAGCUACCGGAUGAACGGUGGAUGAGCUAUGAAGAGCGGCACCUUCUGGACGAGCUGUACAUCACGAAACGACGGCUGAGGGAAAUAGAAGAGCGGCUGCAUGGGUUGAAGGCAUCAUCCAUAACACAAACCCCUGCCUUAAAAUUUAAGGUUGAAAAUUUCUUCUGUAUGGGAUCCCCACUUGCAGUCUUUUUGGCAUUGCGUGGCAUCCGCCCAGGAAACACUGGAAGUCAAGACCAUAUUUUACCUAGAGAGAUUUGCAACCGCUUACUGAAUAUUUUUCACCCUACAGAUCCAGUGGCUUACAGAUUAGAACCAUUGAUAUUGAAACACUACAGCAACAUUUCACCUGUCCAGAUCCACUGGUACAAUACUUCAAACCCUCUACCUUAUGAACAUAUGAAGCCAAGCUUUCUCAACCCAGCCAAAGAACCUACCUCAGUUUCAGAGAAUGAAGGCAUCUCAGCGAUACCCAGCCCUGUGACCUCACCAGUCCUAUCCCGCCGUCACUACGGAGAAUCUAUUACUAAUAUAGGCAAAGCCAGCAUAUUAGGGGCUGCGACCAUUGGAAAGGGGCUCGGAGGAAUGCUGUUCUCCAGAUUUGGACGUUCAUCUGCGUCGCAGCCAUCUGAGACAUGCAAAGAUUCAGUGGAAGAUGAGAAGAAGCCAGCUGCUCCACCUUCCACCUCCACAGUGGCCACACAAACUCUUCCACACAGCAGCUCGGGCUUUCUUGACUCUGCAUAUUUCAGACUUCAAGAAUCGUUCUGUUAUCUCCCACAACUUCUCUUUCCGGAAAAUGUAAUGCAGAAUAAAGAUAAUGCCCUCGUGGAAUUGGACCACAGGAUUGAUUUUGAACUCAGAGAAGGUCUUGUGGAGAGCCGCUACUGGUCAGCGGUCACAUCGCAUACUGCUUAUUGGUCAUCCUUGGAUGUCGCCCUCUUCCUGUUAACCUUCAUGUACAAACACAAGGAGGAGAAUGAUGCAAAGCCCAGUUUAGAUCCAGUCUGAACUCUUGAAAGACAUUAAUGGCCCAAAACUAUUUUUUUCUGUUCAAAUGUAUAUGUCAAGGUAAUGGAGAUUUCAGGACUAAGUACUGUAUGUUCCCAUUUUGUUUAGGGCAAGAAAUGGUUGAAUUUAAAAGCACUUUAUUUUCUCCAUUCUAAAGAAAUUACUUAUAGUUUCCAUCAUUUUGAUUAUGAGUCUGAGAACCCCCUGCAAAGAAUCAAGCAAGACUUACAAGUGAAGGAGGUUUGGGUGAACCAUGGAAAAGUCACAAAUCACAGCGUCAUUUCUCAAGAUACAAAGGUUCAUUAAUGAGUUGAAGCUAAUGUAUUAACCAAAAUAUGUUAUAAAUCUAAAAUGUUCAAAGUCCAGUCUAUUCUAUGUGCAGUUUACAAAGCAGUAUCAUUGUUUUAGAUUUCUGUGACAGCUUCCACAAUUCCUAUGAAGAAUAUAACAGAUAGAAAAUGUUCUAAGUUUAAUUUGUUUAGAAAAACUAAAAAAAAUUUGAACUACUGUAUUUAUAAUUUAUUAUGUCUAACUAAUGGCUUUAUUUCAAUGUACGAAACAUUACACUUUCUUAAUGUCUCUUUUGAACAUAAUUUAAGAACCACAUUCAUUUUCUAUACUGUUGAAACCCUUUUUUCUCAGAACUCCAUCUUUGUACUCUUCAGAUGAAUAUCUAGACACUGUGGCAUACCUUAUUUUUUUCAUUAAAACUUGUAGUUUCACACAACACCAGUUUAAUUUUUUAAAAGAACUUUACUAUGUACCUCAGAGAAACCUAAAAUUUUUCUGCACUUGACAAAGUCUUUCAUUUGGGGUACAUUUUAUUAACUUGAUUAGAAAAUUAGUAAAUAUCUUUGGAAUGGGGAUUAUGACAACUAUUUCAAAUGUGUAAACAUUUGUGUGCCAAAUAGCUAACACAUAUGGAGGGAUGGAAUGCCACUAACAAAUUUUAGUGUUGGAAACAACAUAGAGACAGACACAUAAAUCAGGACAUAAGGCCAUGGCAGUUUCCUCGGCUGUAAUUGUCUCCACAGUGCUUUUCAUCUGAGGAGCUCAGUGCUUUCAGAUGGGCACAUUCAGUAGUCUGUGUAGUAGCUCCUUGAGGUAAGUAAAUGUCUUUUUCAUGUCCCACAUUAAUACACUAAGGCACCAAAACAUAAAGUGCCUUGCAUUCAGUUGCAUAGCAAAUUUAAAAAGUUGAAAUUGAAGCCACACUGAAUUUUUUUAUUUGCUAUUCAGUGACUCAUAAUUCACAUAUAACCUCAUAGUAGUUUGCCAACAGUAACAUAAGUUGAAAUGACCAUGAAGCCAACGUGUUAGGAUCCAUAUCCAUUCUCAGGGUCUCGCACACACAGGAGGAGUUCCCUAGAGAAGGGAUAAUAGCCAUCUCUACCACAGCCACUCACUCCAAGUGGCUUCCACCGGCCCCACUCAAGGUGCUGUCUUUACUUAAUCUUAGCUCCUCAGUAAUGAUUAACAAACAAGUAGAGUCGGUUAGUCACACAUCUCACCUUUCUUUAUAAGAUAAUAGAAAUUGGCUGCAGAGCAAGAUUAUAGGUUCUACUCCAUACCAUCAGUGCUGCUGACUGUUUUGGACUUCCAUUUAAUUUGCACCCCAAAAAAGUACUUUUAGUGUUUUUAAAAAUCCCAAAGUUCCAUGCUAAGUACAUAACACACGAAGAAACCCUUGCUAUAAAAGUCUUUUGAUCUUAGCAAAGCUGAAGAAAUCUCUCAAAUUUAGAGAUUUCCUAUGAACUCAGGUCAUUUUCAUAGCCUGUUUAUUUUGUAGGUCUAAUUUAGUUCUCAGGAAAAUUCAACCCAUGUCCUAUGACUGUCAUUAAAAGUUCUUGAGCAUACAUUGCUGUAGGUGGUAUGGCCCUCAGAUUUGUGAGUUUUAAGGGAUUCCUUUGUAACCACUGGAAUGUGAAGAGCCCAUUUUACCUUAAAAGACUGAAAUUCUAUCAAACAUUUUCAUUCAAUACUGAAUUAAGAGUUUCCCGUAGGCACAGGAAUACGUCUUCAUCCUCUUCUUCAUACUGAGGAAAUAGUCACAUUUCACAACUUGGAGUUUAUAUGAAUCCUUAGAAUUCAACAUUCAAAACCCCUUUUUCAAAUUAGAUGCUCUGGACCAUGGGACAGGUGUUUUGUUUCCAGGUCAUUAUUUCAUUGACACAAAGGGUAAUUUCGGUUUUAUAGUACUCUUAAUUCCGUGUCUGCAUGUUAUCAUGGGAUGUACUUGUAAUAUACAGAGUAUGUGUAAUGCUGCCUUGAUUUAGAAGCUAAGUCAAUUACCAAAUAACAUUUUGCAACUUUAUUCCAGCAAGUACUAAAUUGGUUCCAAAAAGUUCUGUUUUUGAUACUAUUAAAGUUCUCUAUUCUGCGUA